UAUGUCUCCAGAAGUCUGCUCUUGCCCGCUGCCCACCCAUAAUCGUUUCCCCCUUAGACUCGAGCAUCGAUCACCGAGACAGCUUGCUUGCAGCGAUCCUGAUAACUCUUGAACUCAAUCAUGUAUACAAAACCUCCUUGUAGUUUCUGGCUUCAAGGCAAAUGCACCUUUGGAGAUAAAUGCAAGAACCCCCAUGCGGUCCCGGCUGCUUUAACCCCGACAAUGACGCCGGCGACGAGGUGGCCGAAGCCUCAGGCUGAACUUGGUAUAUGUCCCUACUUCAGUAAAGGUACUUGCAUGUUUGGAGGGAAAUGUCGACUAGCUCAUAUCUCACCGCCGAUGCAGACUCCAACGACCGUACCCUUGCCAAAACCCUUUGGUCCAUGCAAAUUCUUCGCCCAAGGAAACUGUAGCCGUGUUGACUGUCCCUUUUCUCACUACGAGCCUUCCCCGAGCGUACGAGAAGUCAUGACCAUAUCACAUCCCCCUCCUACUCCCUUCGUGAAACCCCCAGUGGCAAACAAAGCUGCAUGUCGAUUCUUUCAGCAAGGCCGAUGCACUCGAAUUGACUGCCCAUAUUCACACGAC